CAAGCUGGACGCCUUGGUUUUGCAAUUACCAUUUACAUUUGAAAUUACAAUAGUAGCGAUUACAAGGCUGCGCCAAUAAAAUGCAACAACAGCCAAUGGCCAGUCGUUAAGCAUUAUCACUCUCUUUCUUUCCGUUCCCCAGGUCGUCCCCAGGUCGUCCCGACGAGCCAUGCCGACCAUGUCCGCCCGGAGGGAGUCGAGGAGCAUCCGCACGGGGAGGCCCUCGUGAGGAACCGGGAGCCGAGGUCCCCGGGGUAAUGAGCGCACCCCAUCAUGUCCGGCCAGCGGAGACUCAGGUUGGCAGGCCUCCAGUCGACACCCGGACGCUCGCUCUGGUGCUACCUCGCUUUGCUGCUGGCGUCCACGGGCAGCUGGUGCGUCGAGGCCGAUCUCAAUUCCGAGUUCGUCAAAGGCAAAAUCUGCAUCGGAACAAAUGGUCGGCUAUCCGUGCCGUCGAACAAGCAGCAUCAUUACCGGAACCUUCGAGACCGGUACACCAACUGUACGUAUGUCGACGGCAACCUCGAGAUUACAUGGCUGCAGAACGACAAAUUCGAUCUCAGCUUCCUGCAGUACAUACGUGAGGUUACCGGCUACGUCCUCAUCAGCCAUGUCGACGUGCCGAAGAUCGUUUUACCGAGGCUGCAGAUCAUACGUGGUCGAACCUUGUUUAAGCUCAACAUACACGACGACGAGUUUGCACUCUUCGCCACAAUGUGCCAGAUGUACAAUCUGGAGAUGCCGGCACUUAGAGAUAUCCUCAACGGCAGCGUCGGCAUGUACAACAAUUACAACCUGUGCCACAUUAAGACGAUAAAUUGGGAGGAAAUAAUAACGGGACCGAAUCGCCGCUACAGCUACGUUUAUAAUUUCACGUCGCCAGAGCGCAUCUGCCCCGAGUGUGACAAAAGCUGUGAGCAGGGAUGCUGGGGCGACGGGCCCGAGAACUGCCAGCGUUUCUCCAAGACCAACUGCUCGCCCCAGUGCUGGCAGGGCAGGUGCUUCGGGCCCAAUCCACGCGAGUGCUGUCACCUGUUUUGCGCCGGUGGCUGCACCGGACCCAAGCAAAGCGACUGCCUCGCUUGCAAGAAUUUCUACGACGAUGGAGUCUGCACUCAGGAGUGCCCACCUAUGCAAAAGUACAAUCCAACGACGUACUCUUGGGAGGCGAAUCCGGAUGGAAAGUACGCGUACGGAGCAACGUGCGUAAGAAAGUGUCCCGAGCAUCUUUUAAAGGACAGCGGGGCGUGCGUACGCUCUUGUCCGCCGAAAAAGAAGGCCCAAAAUGGCGAAUGCGUGCCCUGCGAAGGACCCUGCCCAAAGACUUGCCAGGGCGUAACCGAGGUUCACUCGGGUAAUAUCGAUAGUUUCAAAGACUGCACGAUUAUCGAAGGCUCGAUAAGUAUCCUCGAUCAGAGCUUCAAAGGAUAUCAGCAUAUUUACUCGAACUUCUCCUUCGGCUCGCGCUACGACGCCAUGCACCCCGACAAGCUCGAAGUUUUCAGUACUCUCAAGGAGAUCACGGGCUUUCUCAACAUACAGGGUGACCACCAUGACUUUAAGAAUCUGUCGUACUUCAGGAAUCUGGAGGUCAUAGGUGGCAGAACGCUUACGGAAUAUUUCGCCAGCUUGUACAUUGUAAAGACGUCGCUGGUCUCUCUCGGAUUAAACUCCUUGAGGAAAAUUAAUUCUGGCUCAGUGGCUAUUUUGGAGAAUAAGAAUCUUUGCUAUGCGGGUACGAUUAAUUGGGACAAAAUAAGAAAAUCACCAGAGCACGAGAGCUUACUUUCGAACAAUAAGAAUGAAACCGAUUGCAUUAAAGAGGAUUUAGUGUGCGACGAGCAGUGUUCGAAGGAAGGCUGUUGGGGUCCGGGCCCGGAUCAGUGUCUCUCUUGCAAAAACUUCAUUCUCGAAAACGUGUGCAUAAAGGAUUGCAAUUCACCUGGUAUAUACCAAGCGGACGAUCAGAACUGCAAACCAUGUCACGAGGAGUGCAACGGCACCUGUACCGGACCUAAUCCCGAGCACUGCACCGCCUGUAAAAACGUCCGAGACGGUCCUUACUGUGUCCCGGAAUGCCCCUCGUCCAAGUACAAUGACAAUGGCCAAUGCCGGCAUUGCCAUGAAAAUUGCGUGGGUGGUUGCGAAGGGCCGGAGAAUAACAUCGGGCCAAACGGUUGUCACAGCUGCGAGAAGGCGAUCAUGAACGGCAGGCACGUGCCCGAAGGCUGCUUGCAGAAGAAGGAACCUUGCCCAGAUGGUCAUUAUUACGAGUGGGUAAGUCCUCAGGAGCAAGGAGCCUUGAAACCUCUGGCCGGCAAAGCCAUUUGUCGCAAGUGUCAUACGCACUGCAAAAAGUGCACGGGCUUCGGCACCCACGAGCAGGUCUGCCAGCAGUGCGUGAAAUUUAAACGCGGCGAGCACUGCGAGGAGGAGUGCCCUGCCGAUCACUUUGUCGAGCCCGAUACUCAAGUCUGUAUACCCUGCUAUCCGGAGUGUCGCGGGUGCUACGGCGCCGGACCCAACCAAUGCUACAAAUGCAGGAAUCUCAAGAUCUACGUGGAGGGCGGAGAUCCGAACGACAACACGACAGCUUUCAAUUGCACGGAAGCCUGUCCGCCCGAGUACCCGCACAAAAUUUUUUCGGGCGGCGACAGCGAACUCUACUGCUCCCAAGAACUAGUCGGCUUCGGCCUCCAAUACGACACGGAACUGCAACCAGCCAUCCUCGGGGGCGUUGGCAUACUCGUCAUUAUAUUCCUCUCGUUCGCCGGACUGCUCAUGUAUCAGUGGCGCCUGCGGGUCAAGGCCAAAGAGAACACCGUUAAAAUGACGAUGGCCCUGACUGGCCUCGACGACAACGAGCCUCUGAGGCCGACCGGAGUCAAGCCCAAUCUCGCGAAAUUGCGUAUAAUCAAGGAGGAGGAGAUGAGGAAGGGCGGCAUUUUAGGUUACGGCGCAUUCGGGAACGUGUACAAGGGUGUGUGGGUACCCGAGGGCGAAAACGUCAAGAUCCCCGUAGCGAUCAAAGUACUGCACGAAGGCACUGGAGCCAAUACGUCGAAGGAAUUCUUAGACGAAGCCUACAUCAUGGCUUCGGUGGAGCAUCCGAAUCUCCUGCAGUUACUGGCCGUCUGCAUGACGUCGCAGAUGAUGCUGGUGACGCAGCUGAUGCCCCUCGGCUGCUUGCUCGACUUCGUCAGGAACAACAAGGACAAGAUCGGCUCUAAGCCGUUGCUCAACUGGUGCACCCAAAUUGCUCGCGGCAUGGCUUAUCUCGAGGAGCGCAGGCUCGUCCAUCGCGAUUUGGCCGCGAGAAACGUCCUCGUGCAAACGGGCAACUGCGUGAAAAUCACGGACUUUGGCUUGGCCAAGCUCCUGGACAUUAACGAAGAGCAGUACAAGGCGGCUGGUGGCAAGAUGCCCAUAAAGUGGCUCGCCCUAGAGUGCAUUCAGCACAGAAUAUUCACGCACAAAUCGGACGUCUGGGCAUUCGGGGUGACGAUCUGGGAGGUGCUGACCUACGGUGGCAGACCCUACGAGAACGUGCCCGCGAGGAACGUGCCCGAGCUUCUCGAGAAAGGCGAGAGGCUACCACAGCCGCAGAUCUGUACGAUCGACGUGUACAUGAUCAUGAUCAAGUGCUGGAUGCUGGACGCGGAGUCGAGACCUAGCUUUAAGGAACUUGCCGAGGACUUUGCCAAGAUGUCGCGAGAUCCGGGCAGGUAUCUCGCCAUCAAGGGCGACAAGUACAUGAGACUGCCCUCCUAUUCUCUGCAGGACGAGAAGGAAAUGAUUCGCAACUUAGCCUCGGCCAUGGAUGGGCCCGAGGCUCUAGUCGAGGCGGACGAGUACCUGCAGCCCAAGUGCCGCGCGCCCCUGCCACCGAAUCUCCUGUCGAACAGCACCUCGGGCUCCUCGCCACCGGGUACGCCCAUCAAGGUCUGCUGGCCAAACGGCGGCUCGCUUAGCACGGACUCGCCGACUCCCCAGAACCAGCAAAAUUGGGACCGCGAGUUGCUGAGGUACGGCGCGGCUCUGAUGCACGGCGGCGGCCUCACUCUCGGCAAUUCCAAUUCCGGAAUCGGCGGUGGAGUCGGCGGCGGCGGUAGCAGCCACGAGGGCACCAACUCCAUACAGAGGUCCAUGCACUACGCCCAUCCGAACGGUCAUUGCGGCCAGCUGACGGUCCUACCCGGUUCCGACACGAGCAGUUCGAGAUACUGCUCGGACCCGCUCAAGAUGGUCGGAGUCAGAGAUUGUGACGUGACAGAUGACGGAUUUAUCUCGGAAACAUCGAUGCAUCAGCAAGCACAUGUCAGGGGUGGGGUGAAAUUAGAACUUCCGAUCGACGAAGAUGAUUAUUUAAUGCCGUCACCUCAGCUUCCCGCCACAAAAACUCAGUAUAUGGACCUAAUAGGAGAGGCGAAUCCAAUCGAAUCCAUGCCGAAGCGCCUAAACAACGGCUACAGGCAGUACCCCGAGUUCCUGACGAUUCCCGGCAAGACUUCUCUCGACAAUCCCGAGUACAUAAUGUCGCAGGACGAUGGGCCGCUGACGCCGCAGACCCUCGGCAUCCCGACAUCGCCCAACCCGCUGGACAAAGUCCUGGCAAAUGGGGCCUUUGGGGGCAUCUCUCAACUCCGGCAGCGAAGCUCCGAGGAAGAGUCCGAUCACGAAUAUUACAACGACUUCGAUCGGCUCGAGCGCGAGCUCCAGCCGCUCAAGCCUCUCAGGAAGAACGAGACGACGGUCUGACGUAGCGUUCACCAGGAGGCUGAUGAGAUUCGGUAACGGUGAUGGGAGGAGCCGUGAAUGUUCGAGGCAUAACUUUAAGUACCAAUUAAGCAACUAUUUUCUUCAUUGGUCGAGCAAGCUAGUUCUUUAAAGGUUUAUCCGGCUUGUGAAACUGGUUCUCAAGCUCAACGACUUCAAGUUUAAUAUCGACACCUCCUUAGAUCUCGAGAAAAAUUAAAGUACAUCGACAGCGUUUGGUCCGUAUGACCGGUGACUAAAUGAUCUAUGUAUAUACACGCGCGCGCAUAUACCACAAUCCCCCUUCCCCC